AUGAAGAAUGCGGAAAAUAGAAUAGGCAGAAGAAGAAGAAGAAAAAGAAGAAGAAGAAGAAGAAGAAGAAGAGGACGAAGAAGAAGAAAUCAGCAAUCUCUCCAUCUUCCAGAAGAAAUCAUCGAAGAAAUACUGUCAAUAUUGCCGGUGAAAUCACUCUUGAGAUUUAGGUGCGUUUCGAAAACAUGGUGGUCUUUAAUAGGAAGCAAACGCUUCAUCAAAGCCCAUCAUCAAAAUUCAAUAAAAAAUCCAUCUUCCCCCCAUCAAAGGCUCAUUACACUUGGGGAAUGUUCUCUGCAGUCGUUGCUGAGUGAAGCACCUAUCAGUCGAUAUUCACUAGAGAUUACUACAUUGCUGGCGCCACUUCAAAUUUGGGGAUGCUGUAAUGGGCUGUUCUGCGUUCUCAGCGAACGGCCAGAAAGAGUUUACUUGUGGAACCCAUCCACUCGGACCUCCAAGAAACUGCCAGAAAUUUCUAGUCCCGGCCAUGUUCGGAAUUACGGAUUCGGUUGGGUUGAAUCGAGUGAUGAGUAUAAGGUGUUUGUGCUUUUGGUUGAUUAUGAUUAUUACCGAGGGAUUGAUAACUGGGUUGGUAAAGUUUAUAGUUCAAAGACAAAAUCAUGGAAAACAAUUGAGCUAUCCGGUUAUUUACGUGUAAGUUGGGGAAGGGGGGUGUUUGCAGGUGGGAAGCUUUACUGGAAGAACCACCAAGAUAAAGAAAUUAUUUUCUUGGACUUGAAGAAUGAGGUGUUUGGAAGGAUUGAGCUUCCCUGUGAUCAAGACAUGUAUGGCAUUGUGGAUGUGCUUGGUGGUUUCCUUUGUGUGCUAUGUUUUAAUGAUCAAAUUACAGGCAUUCGAGGCAUUCGAGUUUGGGUUAUGAAGGAGUCUUGGGAGAAAGUGGUUACACUUUCUCAUCUUCUUGAGCUUCUUCAACCACCAAUGGUGAAAUGUCUAAAUGGAGACAUUUUGGUAUAUUGUGGAUCCUUUGUGCUGGUUUAUGAUUGUCGAGAUAAUGUGUUCUGCAAACUCAAUAUCAUUUCACAUUGUGUCUAUGUUGAAAGUUUAGUCUCGCCCGAAGAUUUAUGAAACAACGUCUUAGAACAUGAUUGUGAGUGGUUUCAUACCUUUUUUUAUGAUGUGUUUUAUUUCUUAAGAAUUGAAGCUUUAUAUAUAUAUUU